AUGUGCCUACCACAUCAGGAAAACAAUCAAACACUUCCUAUGGAACAAAGCAGUUAUGGAAUAAACAAGUACGUAUCAUUCAAACUGUUGUUGAUGGGUGCCCGGUUGGCCACUACAAAUCGCAGCAGAUUACAAUUGAAAAAUGAAAAGAGCCCAUUUGGAAAAGAGACGGUACCGAACGUGGAGACCCCCUUCGAUGCAGUGCUGAUGGCUCCCCCCAAAGUCCAUUUUAUGGAGAGAAGCGAAGAAGCAUCCGAUUUCAUCAGUGGUAAACAUAAACAAAACAGCAAAUUACGAACACCUGAAAAAACACAAAAGUCAGAUAGUGGAGAAAAAAGAAAUGACCAACAGAAGUCAGAAGUAUACAAUAAAUCGUUAAUAAAUCCUCCAACGGGUGUUUUAGGGAACCCUGCUUCAGCAAAGAUCCACAACUCUGUACCAGAGAGCAGGAAAACAGAAUCAUCAAAGAAGAGAGAAAAAUUUAAGAUGAAACGAAAACUGCGAGCUAGAAAAACAAACGAAGGAAAGACGACAGCGCCAGCAGCGAAGGAAGAAAUUAAGGACAAAGCUUUAGCUUCGAAGAAGACGGAAAGGACAGAAUCCUCGAGCGACGUAAAAGUGCUUUCGAAGACCACGAAGGGUGGGAAGGAGCGCAGUUGCAACAAAUCGGAAUCCUAUCCCAUCCUCGAAACAGCUUGUGAAGAUCGUGCCUUGCUCACAGAAGCAGUUAACAGGCCACCUCCGAAAAUCGACAAUUUCUUUGAAAUGGCGAACCCAUUUGAAAAUGAAUAUGAUCUUUUGGAUGUUUCAGAUACGAUUUUCGACAUCGCAAACGAUUUUCCGGACAUCUGCCUCCCUUCCAAGUUGUUUGCGCGACAUAUUGAAGCGUUAGAUGCUAAGAAACCGAAAAAAGGAAUAUCACGUGAAAGUAUAAUCGAGAAAAGUGCUGUGGGACCACGUCCAGAAUCGAAGAAAGAUCAACCAGUGAAAUGA